AUGACUCUUAAGUCGUAUUUGGCAAAUAAACUAUCUGGUAAAAAAUAUCGCAUCAACAGUCUUCGUCGAUCAGAUCGUUUACCGAGCAAAGAUAAUUUACGUCAGCUAUUUCAUGAUCAUAUGAUUUACAGUGCUGAUCAACUUCCAUCUAGCGUUGAUCUUCGAUCCGAUAUGACACCUGUCGAAGAUCAAUCACAAAUCGGCAGCUGUGAUCAUAAAUCAUUUAUAUGGCCUAAUCUCUUUUUUACAGGUGCUUAUGAAUAUAUUACCAAGAAGUGGGACGGUAAUGAUAUUGCUGUUAGUCGUCUAUUUAUUUAUUAUAACGGUCAUGCUAAAGCAAAUCCAGCUACUAUAACUGACUCUGGUUGUACAAUGACAGAUGGUAUUGAAGGAUUGGAAGAAUUCGGAGUUCGUCUUGAAUCGGUUUGGCCAUAUGAUAUUUCACAAGUAAAUACGAAACCAAGUGAAGAAGCCUAUCAAGAUGCAGCAGGUCAUACAAUCACCGAUGCACUGCAAGUGGGUAUUAACUUGAAUGAAAUGAAAUCAUGUUUGGCACAAGGCUUGCCAUUUGCAUUCGGUUUAGUACUAUUUAAAUUGUUUGCUAAAGCAUCAGCAAAUGGUAUUGUUCCAUAUCCUGGUUUAACGGAUAUUAUCCAAAGAUCAAUCGGAGGUCAUGCACUUCUAGCUGUCGGAUACAGUGAUACAUCAAACUCAUUUAUUGUCCGAAAUUCAUGGGGAGAAGAUUGGGGAGACAAAGGAUAUUGUUAUAUUCCAUAUAAAUAUAUGACCCACGCUGAAUAUUGCUUUGACGCCUGGACUAUUCGUAAAUUGGCUACGGAUGAUCUCAGUCAAGGCAAUGGAAAUAAUGACGAUUCAAUGAAUUAUCAUCCGGCCAAUAGCAGUGAGGAAAACAAUGAUGAAGAUGAUGACACCCACACACCCUGA